AUGUCCGGGGACAGCGUGCUGAUCGGCGCAUCCAUGGCCGUGCUCGUCGUGCUCUCCCUCCUCGCCUUCUUCUUCUCCUCCCGGCGCCGCGCGGUGCACACCUCGUCGUCGCAGCGGAGCGUCGUCGACGACGUGGAGCAAGGGCGCCGUCCGUGUGACGCUGCCGCCGCGGGGCUCGACGAGGCCGUCCUGGCCGCAUACCCGACGACCGUGUACUCCUUGUCGAGCCGGGGGGACAGCACCGGCGAGCGGAGCGAGGAGGAGGAGGCGGCCGACAGCACGCGGUGCGCGGUGUGCCUGGCGGACUACGAGCACGGCGAGGAGCUCCGGCUGCUGCCGGGGUGCCGGCACUCGUUCCACCGGCAGUGCGUCGACGUCUGGCUGCGGCGCCGGCCCAGCUGCCCGCUAUGCAGGUCCUCGCCGCCGCCGACCAUGCACCUGCAGCUAGCGACCGAUUCUUCAACCGUCACGGCGUCUGCGUGCGUGCGUGCAAAUGCAUGCACCCAGCCAAGUGAAGGGAGAUAG